CCGUCAUUGGUGGUGACUGCGGUGGGUUGUUAAUCUUGUCGUCGUGUUCAGCCACAUUGUCAUUUGUCCCCAUAAGCUUCCGCUCAUAAUGGCUCGUCAAUUCCUUGCCGACUCCAGCAAUCCACCCCCGAACUCCACCGCUGUCGCCAUCGACAAAGAUAAGAACAGCCCGUAUGCUGUCCGUUGGGCCAUCGAUCAUCUUGUGAUCAACAAUCCAUUCAUCAUCUUGAUUCAUGUCAGGAAACACCAUGAUGGGGAUUCCGAUUCUGAGUUCAAUAGUUUUUUCGUUCCGUUUCGUGGGUAUUGUGCUCGAAAAGGGGUUCAAUUCAAGGAGGUAAUCAUUGAUGAAAGUGAUGUUGUUAAGGGACUUGUGAAUUACCUAAACAAAAAUUUAAUCAGCAACAUAGUUGUUGGAGGAACAGCUAGGAAUGCACUUGCAAGAAAAUUCAAAAACAAUGAUAUAUCAAGCAGCUUGCUUAAAGCUGUGCCAGAUUUUUGUUCUGUUUAUGUGAUCUCAAAAGGGAAGGUACAGACGGUGAGGACAGCACAACGACCAAUUUCCAACACUGCUGCUCCACCGAAGGUACCAUCUCCGGUUGUCCCACUUCAAACUGCGUCUGAUCAGGGGGAAGAUGAUGAAUCCAAAGGACAGGCUAGGAGGGGAAAAACGAGAAAUCCAGGAUCAGGGAGAACUUCCUUGGAUGGUGUCACAAGAGGACUUGAAAAACACAAACCAGUUCCGAACAAUCUAUCCGUAGAUAGUAUUGAUUACUCUGUACGAGGGGCUUCAACUGGCCGGGAAAGUAUUCCUGAUGAUUUGGAUUUUCAAAUUGGAUCGAAGUCUAUUGAUAUUUCAUCAACGAAUUUAGAUUUGUCAAGUGCUCCUAGUUCUCCCAAGGGGUCGGCUCCACAAAGUGCACAAGAAUUAGAGGCUGAGAUGAGGAGAUUAAAGCUUGAACUUAAACAAACCAUGGACAUGUACAGCUCAGCUUGCAAGGAAGCUCUCACAGCUAAAAAAAGGGCUAGUGAGCUUCACCAGUGGAAGAUGGACGAGGUGCGUAGGAUUGAGGAGGCAAGAUUAGCUGAGGAGGCAGCUCUUUCCAUUGUGGAGAUGGAGAAGGCUAAGGCUAAAGCUGCCAUUGAAGCUGCUGCAGCAGCGCAGAGGCUAGCAGAGUUGGAAGCACAGAGGAGAAAACAGGCAGAGAUGAAAGCCAAGAAAGAGACAGAAGAGAAGAAUCGUGCUUUGAAUGCAUUGGCACAUAAUGAUGUUCGGUAUAGGAAAUACACUAUAGAAGAGAUUGAAGAAGCCACUGAAAAUUUUGCGCCGAAGAAUAAAAUUGGUGAAGGUGGUUAUGGACCUGUUUAUAAAGGCACUCUUGAUCACACUCCGGUUGCUAUAAAAGUGUUAAGGCCAGAUGCUGCCCAAGGAAUGAAGCAAUUCCAACAAGAGGUUGAGAUUCUCAGCUGCAUUAGACAUCCAAACCUGGUGCUCCUCCUAGGUGCAUGCCCUGAGUAUGGAUGCUUGGUAUAUGAAUACAUGAGCCAUGGUAGCUUAGAAGAUAGGCUAUUUCAAAGAGGUAAAACUCAUCCAAUUUCAUGGAGGAAAAGAUUUAAAAUAGCUUCUGAAAUUGCAACUGCCCUUUUGUUCCUUCACCAAUCAAAGCCUGAACCACUUGUGCACCGUGACCUCAAGCCAGCUAACAUCCUUUUAGACCGAAAUUAUGUGAGCAAAAUCAGUGAUGUUGGCCUAGCACGGUUAGUCCCACCUUCCAUAGUCGAUAGUGUCACACAAUAUCACAUGACUUCAGCGGCAGGAACAUUUUGUUACAUAGAUCCUGAGUAUCAGCAGACAGGCAUGUUAACUACCAAAUCAGACAUAUACUCCUUGGGAAUAAUGCUGCUUCAGAUCAUUACAGCCAAAUCUCCUAUGGGUCUUGCUCACCAUGUUGGAAAGGCUAUUGAAAAGGGAACUUUUGUAGAGAUGCUUGAUCCGGCUGUUCCAGAUUGGCCUGUUGAAGAGGCCCUAGCAUUUGCCAAAUUGUCACUGCAGUGUGCAGAGCUGAGAAAAAAGGACAGACCAGAUCUUGGCACUAUUAUAGUGCCAGAACUUAACAGACUAAGAGACCUUGGAAUGCGCCCUGAAUUAUCACUUGUCAGCACUGGCAACAGUAGUCAUAGCCACAACCGACUGCCACGUUCUUUAGCAACAACUUCAAGUCUACAAAGUUUGCACCCAAGGAUAUCAUCAAGUAGUCAGGAAUCAACGAGCAAGUGUGCAAAAUUGGAAGUUGAAAAUGUGUCCAUCUCAAAAGAUGAGAAUGAAGUUCAAGACUGACUUUGGGUUAGGGGGGUGGUCCAGUGUAUUCCCUAGGGAAAAAUGCCUUGUUUGACGCUAAAACACGUUAUGCUUUUGCUUGUAAACAAGGCAGAGAUUGAAUGAUUUUUGCAAUUGUUCAUAUAAUUUCAAUACAAUGUACAUCGACAA